UAAUUUCACAAAAAUCUCCAUUUGCUUCUUUUUAUUAAUUUGAGCUUCCAUUUUGUUACCCCUUUUUUUUGUACUGAGCUUAGCAAGGAGAAGCGAAGAAAGCAUUGGAAGUGCUUCAAAAACCUGCUGUGCCCAUAGAUCUUCAGUACAAGUUUGCUCCAGACCUCAUCAUGCUUGAUGCAUAUGAAACUGUGGAGUCAUGGAUGACAACAAAAAACCUGAACCCAAGGAAGUUAAUUCCUGCAAUGAUGCGUUAUUCAAGUGAACCUCAUGCAAAGAAUGAAACCCAUGAAGUAAUAAAAUAUCUGGAGUUUUGCGUUCACCGUUUGCAAAAUGAGGAUCCUGGAGUUCACAGCUUGUUGCUCUCUCUGUAUGCGAAGCAGGUUGACCCAGAACUUGCUAAGGCUGAAGCUGACAAGGUUGAAGAUGAUGAAGACUUAAGGAAGAAGCUCUGGCUCAUGGUUGCCAAACAUGUUGUUGAACAAGAAAAGGGAACUAAAAGGGAAAACAUUCGAAAAGCAAUAGCAUUUCUCAAGGAAACUGACGGGCUGCUAAAAAUUGAGGAUAUUUUGCCCUUCUUUCCGGACUUUGCCUUGAUUGAUGACUUUAAGGAGGCAAUUUGCUCAUCAUUAGAGGAUUACAACAAGCAAAUUGAACAACUAAAACAGGAGAUGAACGAUGCAACACACGGUGCUGAUAACAUUAGAAAUGAUAUCAGUGCACUUGCUCAACGAUAUGCUGUCAUUGAUUGUGACGAGGACUGUGGGGUUUGUCAGAGGAAGAUUCUAACUGCAAGUUGGGACCAUCGGAUGGCUAGGGGUUAUACAUCAGUAGGUGCAAUGGCCCCUUUCUAUGUCUUUCCAUGUGGACAUGCCUUCCAUGCUCAAUGCCUGAUUGCCCAUGUCACAAGGUGUACCCACCGAGAUCAAGCAGAAUAUAUACUGGAUCUUCAAAAGCAACUUACUUUAUUGGGAAGUGAAUCCAAGAAGGAUUCUAAUGGUACCUUAACCGAGGAGGAAUCCAUAACUAGCAUGACCCCAACGGAUAAGAUACGCUCACAAUUGGAUGAUGCCAUAGCUUGCGAAUGCCCAUUUUGUGGUGACUUGAUGAUUCGAGAGAUCUCUUUGCCUUUUAUCCUCCCUGGAGAAGCACACGAGGCUGCUUCUUGGGAAAUAAGGCCACAUAACAUUGGAGCCCAGAAGAGCCUUUCUUUGGCUGUAUGAUUGAAUGCCUUAAUGGAUUUGUAGUGCAGGUUAUCAUUGAUCCAUGUGCAUGGCUGUGUUGAGGGGGUCUUUUAAUUUGUGUUUUGCUUUAUCGUCUUUAUUCUUGGUGGUAUACAAGUUAUGAUUUGUGUUGCACAGAAUGCAUUCUUUUGUUAAAUGAUUAUGUACAUUUGAGAGGUUAUAUCUACUACCCUUUAGCUAUCAGAGGUAUCCAUUACAUCUCAGGUGUACUCGAGUGUAUGUUCCUAAUAGUUUUUGUAGGCUCAUCUACAGAAUUUUGACAGGGAUGCGUUAAUGAACUAAAUCACAAGAAUUCACAAUAGAACACUUUUCUACGAACCCA